AUGGUUGUUACUUCGCCUGAUGUGACUAUCAGUGAUGAUGUGUCGGUCAUACCGAUCACACGUUCGCCUCGCAUGUCAGAUGUCCGGGGUUCAAAUUCCGGCACGGCCAUUGGAUAUGCACUGCUGAUGAGUCCUAACAAGAGCGAAACUCGAGUCCGGGACUAUCCCCACCUUUGGUGUGGAUUCACCAAAAUAAUUUUGCCAGAACAGGGAGACGAUCGCUCAAACUAG